UGUAAGCCUGGUGAAUGUACACUGAAGUGGAUUGGAUUCAGUUGUGGAGCCAGUUUGGGGAAUUCCUAAUCAGUGAUGAGCAAAUUUUCUUAGGGUUCAGUUAAGUUCCUUAUGUCUUCCCCUGAAAUUGCUUCCCUCUCCUGGGGGCAAAUGAAAGUACAAGGCUCUACUAAAACCUAUAAGGACUGCAAAGUGUGGCCAGGGGGAAGUCGGGCUUGGGAUUGGAGAGAAACAGGAACUGAGCAUUCUCCUGGUGUGCAGCCUGCAGAUGUGGAGGAAGUUGUCAAGAAGGGUGUGCAGACCCUAGUGAUUGGCCGAGGGAUGAGUGAGGCCUUGAAGGUGCCUCCAUCAACUGUGGAGUACCUCGAGAAACAAGGCAUUGAUGUGCGAGUCCUCCAGACAGAGCAGGCAGUGAAGGAGUAUAAUGCCUUGGUUGCCCAAGGCGUCAGGGUGGGAGGGGUCUUCCAUUCCACCUGUUGAUGGAGCCUUAAGAGGAGAAUAAAUCACUAAGCAAUGAU